UAUAAUUGAUCCAUCCGAAUGAAUAUAGGGGGUCGAUGGAUCAAUUUACUAACUACUCCUACGAGGCUAUGAGGCUAUAUGUCUAAAACUUGUUGCUUGUUGCUUGUUGCUUGUUGCUUCCCUUUCCCCUAAUCGAUUUUCCAGGGGUAUAUUAUCAGUUAGACUUUGAAAAGUAGUAUAAAUGAUACAGAAACAUUAGUGCUACUUGUGGCAACUGGCAAGUAUGGCGGGAGAAAUGUUGGGCAUAGUUUGACUCCAUUACACCUAUGUGGUAAGGGAGCCGAACGCUUGCUCUCCGUGGAGGCUUUAUGCACCGGGUUGUAUAGACUUAAAUUUAAAUGGAGAUCAUGUGGUGUUCAAAUGCUAGAAGCAUAUAUUAUGGAUGAUUUGCUGUUGGAUGUUAAGGCACAGGAGAUAUUGGGACUUCAGAAGAACCAAGUUCUGUUUUCUAAAUUACUAGCUUUUGAUACACUACUGAAUAAUGUUUAUGAAACUAGUUGCCCCAGCCCCGAAGAUUAUGCCAAUAGAAGAGAUAUGGUUCGUAUUUUUAAUGAAAUUGCGAAGGAAAUGUAUGGUUAUCAUGGUAAUUGUCCUACUGUGGAGAGCUUUGGCUCAUUCUUGAUGGAUAUGUUCAAUGCUAGAAGUGAUCUUGAUUUAUCAAUAAAUUUCAGCGACAAGGUGUUUGAGGCUGAUCGUCGGACAAAAAUUAAGACUUUGAGGAAGUUUGCGAAUAAAUUUUAUAAACUUCAAAAGGCAGGGCAUAUUACAACUGUGGAGCUGAUCUUGUCGGCCAGGGUCCCUGUAUUAAAAGUUACUGAUCGAGGGUCUGGAAUUGAUUGUGAUUUCUCUGUUGGAAACAGGGAUGGUAUUGCCAAAUCCCACAUUGUGCGCCUGAUUUCGGCUAUUGAUGAAAGGUUUCGAAAGCUAAGUUUUAUGAUUAAAGCUUGGGCUAAGGCGCAUGAUAUCAACAGCUCGAAAGAUGGAACACUUAAUUCUAUAUCACUUAUAUUGUUAGCAGCAUUUCAUUUGCAGACUCGAGACGUCCCUAUAUUGCCUCCAUUUUCUGCCAUUUUCAAAGAUGGGAUGGACCUUGUGGCUGUCGAGAAAAUUAUUCCUAGUUUUUAUAACUACGGGGAAAGUAAUAGAGAAUCUCUCGCUGAGCUCUUUGUAUCUCUGUUGGUUAAGCUUGAAUCAGUGAAAACAUAUUGGAAGAGGGGACUUUGUGCUAGUACCUAUGAGGGGUCAUGGAAAUUUGUAAACUGGAAAGCAGCUGGGGCUAUAAGAAUUGAGGAUUUUACAGACAGAUCUGAGAAUACUGCGAGAGCAGUGAAACCAGCUAAGUUGAACAAGAUAUAUUCAUGCAUCUGUCGUUCUCUAAAGCUAAUUCAGUCAUUUACCAAGGGAAAUAUUGAUGCCGCGCAACUAAAAGACCAACUAUUUUGUGGAGUUGAACCGAGACAAAAGAAUGCAAUUGGAAGCAUCAAUUAUUCGAAAGUAGCUAAAAAGAAGAAAAAAAAGCGUUUUGCAUUGGAGGAUACAGCUGAGGGAGAAGGCAAACAAGAGGAGGAUAUUUCUUUUUUAACGGAAUCUGCAAGUCCCUCGGUGACAGGAAGGGUAAAAAAGCUAAAACAGGGUAAGUUGGAGGAGACUCGAACUCAGAAAUCACGUCUUGUAGAAGGAAAACAAGGCGAGCAUGUUCCUCUUAGUACGAAAUCUGUGAGUUUCUCAGCGACUGGUAGGGUAAAAAAGGUGAUAAAGGCGAUAAAGCUACAAAAGGUAAAAAAGAAUAAGCUGCCCGGGAGAAAAAUGCAUCCAGAGGCUUCAAACAGUGUAAUUUUAACAUCUUUACAAGGAUUAGACAAGUCGCGGGGGAUUCACACCGAGAAAUCAUGUCCACAAGGCUUUGGAGAAUUCACACCUAAUAUUGCUGACGUUAAAACUAAAACGAAUGCUGCUCCAACUUUUCAGGUUGGCCAACCAUCUAGUAUUUUGCUCAAUCAAGGCUCCGGUGAAUAUAGACCCCGGAUAUCUAAUGCUGGGAAUUCAAGUCACGUUGCUUCAAGUUUCCCGGUAAACCAACAAUAUUCUCUAGCUAACCCGCCCAUUGAACAGCGUAGAGGAGUUGGACCACAAAGAAUUUCCCAACCGCUUUCCUUUUCAAACCAACAUUUCCAAGAUUCUGGAGGAUAUAGAUCAGAACUAACUCAUGUUGAGAAGUCGAGGUACGCUGCACAGAUUUGUCCGCCUUUUCCUCCCGUUUCUGGUUAUGGAGGAUUUAGGCCAGACCUAACUCAUGCUGAGAAGUCGAGGCAUGCUGCACAAAAUUAUCCGCCCUUUCAACCUCCUGCUUCAGGUUAUGGAGGUUUAAGACUUGAGAGAGCUCACGUUGAAACAUUUAACCAUGCUGCUUCUAGUUUUCCAUCAAACCAAUCACUUCGUUAUACUGAACAUCUACAUUCACAAGGUUGUGGAGGAUUUAGAUCAGUCAAAGCUCAUGUCGAGACAUCAAGAUAUACUCCUCCAAAGUUACCUGUAGACCCGCCAUAUUCACAUUCUAAUCCCCUGACACGAGGUUUUGGAGGUUUUAUACCAGAGAGAACACAUGCUGCAAGACCGAGCUACUCCUCUUUAAACAGCCAACCAGCAGGAUUUCGAGCAGAGACACAUCAUACUGAGAUUAACUACCAUGCUACUCCAAUGUUCCAAUCGCCUCGUCUGUAUAGUUUGUCCUCUAGACCAGAAAGUAUAACGCCUCACCAUCAGGCUUAUCCUCCUACUGUUUCUCAUAGAAAUCCGACUGAGUCGGAGAGAUCUCAGGAUUGUCGCCAAUCAAUAUUCCCUUAUGCUCCUUCACCGUUUGCUGCCAACUUGCACCCUUAUCAGAGAUAAGCCUUUUCGGUGCAGGAACCACUCUCUUUGAGAAUUUUCUCGAGUCAAGGGAUUCUUUGGCCGCAUCGUCUUUUAUAAGUAUGAGUUUACUCAUUUCCUUCUCAGACCCUAAUCAUAGUUUCCUAUUGGCGGGAUACACUGGGUACGAUGAUGAUGAAUCAUCUAAUGUUCCUUUUGUAUCAGUUUACAGUUCUCUAGAAUUCAUGUGUUAUUUAAUACAAUGUAUAAUGGUUUAUAUAACCUUGUAGAAUGCUAGCAUAGGAAAUGGCUUUAUUAGUGCAAAAAUUCACAGGGGGCCUUGCGAGCAGCAGACAACAGCUGUGCCAUUACUGUAAAAUCAGCAGAUUUAUGAAAAAUUAAUGAUCCAAAA